UAUUUGAUUAAUAAUAUUUUAGCUGUAUUUACAUAAUUUUUAGCUUACUUAUUAAGUUGUUUUUUAAUGAUUACGCUUGGUAAUGGAUAUAAUGGAUAAAGAAAAGGUUAGUGUGUUAGAAGAAUCUGUUGCUACGGCCCACAGGCCAUUGCCGGAUGACUUCCGAUCCUAUUUACCCUGGGCUUGUAAUCAGCUGGAAUUGGAAUACGCAGUAUUCGUUAACAAAAUACACCAAAGUGAGCAUUAUGAUAUGGGUAUAAGUGAUCGCAGCAAAGCAAGAACUAGAAGCCGAGCGAGAACAGUGCGCUCCCGAGCUGACGGUAUGUCCGAUAGAACUGACGACAUGAAGACCGGUACCACGCAACAAGUCAACUUCGUAGACGAAGCUAUCAAUAUUUUCGCUGUUCACGAUUCCAACGGUGAUUUAGUUCAGGUCAUAUUUUACAAGAACAAACACAUACCACGCAUUGUAAUCAAAGUUAUCGGUCUGAUAAUCAAAUUUCAUCCUCAAUUGAAUACUGUUCAAUUCGAUCAAGGCGCUGAUUUGUACACUAUUUAUGAAUUUGAAAAGAUUUUACCACUCUCGAAUAUAACGGAGGUUUGCUUCGACGGUACCUUCAUCCCGGAUGGGAACUAUGAUAUAUUAUUGGACCACGAAUUAUUACGUAAUUUAUCUUUAUCCAGAUGCAAGAUAGAAGAUGAAAUUAUACACAACAUUGCUGUGAAGUUGGUUUACCCAAAGCCAGCGUCUAAAUCAUUAGCUAUACUAAAUUUAUCAUCAAACCGUAUAACCAACGAUGGUGCCAAAAGUUUAGCAUUUGCGUUACGUUCCAACAGAUGUUUAAUAUAUCUGAAUUUAUCCGGUAACAAACUUACAGACGACGGUGCCGCAAGCAUCUUGGAUAGUUUGCAAGAAUUUUGUUUAACUCCUGAAGAGAUAUUGGCUUCAAAGACUCGUUACUGUUCAUUUUAUCUAAAGAGAAAUAAAUUAAUAGUUAAAAAGAUUAAAGAGUUGAAAGAAAGCGAUUCGGAUAAGUCUUCAGCAAGGAAGAAGUUAACGAGGUCGGUUCCUCCUAGCGUUAGAAGGAAAACAAGAACUGACAGAGAAGUUUCCCUUCACUCAGUUCAUGAAAUGCUCCCGGGUAAUAUUAUAGGUUCUGACUCCAAUCUAUUCGAUAGAGCAGCGACAAUGGUACAAAUGGCUUUUGGAGUAUAUAUAGAUCCAUUUUCAUCGAACAACACGAUUGUUAAAGACGAAGCUUUGUACUGCUUAGGAAAUAAUUCUUUACUCUGUUUGAAUCUUGCUUAUAAUGAUCUGAGUUACAUUUUUGUGAGGAAACUUCUUGGUAUUUUGUUGUACCAGAAACAAGCGGAUAGAAAGCCCCGUGGCUUGAUCAAUGUGUCUAUAGAAGGUAAUAAUUUGCCAGUAGCGUGUGAGGAAUAUAGACUGAUCGAAAGCAUCAUCGAAAGUGGUAUUCAACGCAAUCUGCCAAUCAACAAGAAGAGACAACAAUCAAAAAUCAUCUCCAGAUAAUUAUUUUAAAUUAUUUUCCAUAUUUUUGUACCUAUUUUUAAGGUUUUAGUUGUAAUUUAG